GGUAUUCAGCAGAUUGUCGUGAACAUUGAAAACAGACGCAAGAAUAUUAGCACUCAAUUUACUUUAGUCGCACUAAGUAAUUUUAUUUAGAACAAAAACAUAUUUAAAAUUAAAAACAAAAAGUUUUCCGAAAAUGUCUGCGAAAAAUGUGAAUUCACUUGUCGGUGCCACCACACGCUACAUCGCCGGCCGAAAUGCAAUGCAGACAGUUUAUUGGCGCACAAUGCCCGGAACUGAUGGACGAAUGGUGAAAAUACAUAAAAACUGUGAAUUCGACAAAGUACAGAACCUGCCCGCCAAAAUUCGGAUGCAGUAUUACAAUAAAAACUUCUGGACAUCAACGGAUGGAGCACAUUGAUCUCGGCCGAACAAAAAAAACGAAUUUUUAGACUACGAAUUUAGUAUAAGAUGUGCGCUUGUGUUCUUCUUUUAGUUAUUAAUGUCGCAACUCAAUUAGUUAAUUAGUAAAGUAUUAACACUGAAA